AUGGGCAUCAUUUUAGCCAAGCGGGAAGAGGAGCGAAUCGCUUUUAACCAAACCCGGGCGCGAGCAGCUGCCUAUCUGGAAAAGUGCCGGCCUGACUACAUCGAGGAUGAUGUGCUGUUGGGGCUGGCGCCAGAUGAGGAGGAUGAUGAAGACAAACUCGAAGAUGAUGAAGACGCCGAAAAGGAAAAGGAAGAGCCAGACGAUGAAGAUGAGGACGAAGAUGAGGAUGAUGAAAAAGAGGAGGACGAGAAAAAGCUCAUGGCAGAGGCAAGCUCAAGGGCCAAGGAGCGAGUGCAAGCAGAGUUGAAGAAGUUUCGACAAGCAGCCAUCAGAGGAAAUCGAUGGCAGCUGGUCAAGAUGACGCGCUCGCCGCACUUGGCCAUUGACUCUCCAGAUCAGCAUGGUCGAACAGCUCUCCAUCUAGCUGCGGAACAUGGACAGCACCGAGCUGUGGAGAUCCUUCUAGGUGCUCGAUCUCGGCAUGACAUCAAAACAAAGAUGGGAUGGACGCCUUUGCACAUAGCUGCCUUCCACGGGCAGGUGGCUUGCAUCAACCUCAUGCUCCAGUCCACUGCAGAUGUGAAUGCCAAGGAAAAGCAUGGUUGCACCCCGCUCAUGUUUGCGGCUUCGUCGCCAAAGUUGUACUUGGUGGAUCUGGUCUCUAGAAAAGACCGAGCUAGAAGAUUGAAAGCACGUCAAGAUGCACUGAAAGCCCUGCGGGAGCAAGAAGAAGAUCGUUUAGACGCAGACCUGGCAGCUGGUAUUGGCAAAGAAAUGGGCGCUGGAAGUGUUUCUACCACUGCGCCCAAUGUGGUCUGGAAGUUCUAUCCCAACCGCAUUGAAAUCCUUGUUCUGAACGCGUUGAUCUCGUCGCCAAAGAUUAAGGUGGAUGCUUUUGACAACCGCCGUCGUACGGCCCUGCUAUAUGCUGCGCGCUAUGGGCGCACGUUUGCAGUGAGCCGACUGCUAGAUGCUCGCGCGAACAUUGGGUUUGCUGACAGAGAAGGUCAGGUUCCACUCUUCGCUGCAGCCUGCAACGAACACUUGGAUACAGUUGACCUUCUCCUCCGAGCUGGAGCGAACAUCAAUGCGACUGAUCAGUACUUUCGAACACCACUGCAUGGAUCUUUGGAGAUGGGCGAUGAAAGCAUGUCCAACCUCUUGCUGAAAGCGGGGGCCAGCGUGAAUGCGUACGAUUGCGAAGGAAGAACUCCCAUCAUGUUGGCAAUGGAUCGCGGAAACAGGCGUUUGUUCCAAAAGAUCGUCGAAAAGAAAUCCAAUUUGGAUGUGCUGGACAAGAGAGGUUGGAACGUUGUGAUCUACGCAAUCGAGACCCAAAUGUUAACAGACGUCUAUCCACUGCUGAUGAAGCUGAGCAAGAACGCAGCGAUCAUUCUACGAGCUCGCGAUCCUCAGGGUCUCAAUGCUUUACAUCAUGCGUCGCAGCUGGCCAAUGCGGAGCUUUCCACCAAAUGUGUGAUGCAGCUCACGAAUCUGGACUUUGAGGCCGCAACCAUGGGAGACUGCAAUGGAGACACGGCAAUUCAUUCAGCAGCAGAGCGGGGCCGUCUUGAGGUCCUUCGCAUCUUCAUCGACAGGCUUCCUUCGUUGGACUUUUUGAAUAAUCGCGGAGAGACACCUCUGCACUACGCAGCGCGUGGAGGUCAUAUGGCCUGUGUGGUCGCUUUGCUCCACGACGCUGGAGGUCGACAAGCGUCUUGUGAUGCGGGUGCGUUUGACUCGCAUGGUUGGAACCUUCUCAUGCACGCUUGCGUUUCGGGACAUUUGGAUCUGGUCAAUCUCUUGCUUCAGAACCGGGAGGGUCAACAUCCAGAUCUCGCCUUCACGCCGCUGGAUGUGAAUCAUGCAGAUGCAGGAGGGUCCAUGCCUCAAAGCAAGGCAUUGGUUGUCAUUGUAGAGGUGAGCACCUUUCCUUUUCAAAUGGGUUUGUCUGAAAAUAGGGUAUAUUCCCAAUUAUAG